AUAAAUAACUAACCAAAAUAAGCUAUUUUUGUUAAUUUUCACGAAAAUUAAAUAUAUUUAUGUGCGCUUAAGUUGCACAUCUUGUGCGUGAAGAAAGCCUAUGCUUCUGGGCCGCGUGUGCCAACUCAGUUUUGAAUUCGGUGUCAAUUUUCACUAAUAAAGUUAUUGCAUUUUCCCUUUACUGACUUCUUGUAUUAUUUUCACUCCCAUUGCGUGCAUAUGUAUCCUGCAGCCGCCGAGCACUUAAAAGUUAUAAGAGUUUGAAAUCUAACACGUCCCAUUUCGCUUUUCACUGCACGGAUUUCCUCGCCCCACCAUAAGCCAACAGACGCACCGAAGUCAUUCAAGCGCAGGCAUACAUAGAGCAGAGGCUACAACAAUAACGACGCCAUAAGAAUAAACGCUGAUUGCCGCGCGGAUUUAAUAAAUUAUUUCUCUUAUCCUUACGGAAGGACUCUGCAUAGAAAAAUCAACACCUCAUAAAAAAGCAACAAAAUGAAGGCCAUUGUAUUCCUGUCGUUUUCGCUGAUUGUUCUAAGUGUUAAGGGUUGGCCAAUGGUGAAGAAAUCGUUUGACUUUUUCCCCAAUGACGCGUAUGCUCAUAUUCACGUAAUUUCAGAUUGCAUGCAUGUUGCAUCCGAGCCGGGCGAUUAUGUCUUUAAAAAAGUGCCACAUUUGAUGGCCAAUGUCAAGGAGAUGCCUUUGGUGGAAGCUGCUCUGGAAGAGUCAACGUCCGAGGUGUGCGGCCUUUAUGUGAUUGGCGAGCCGGAUACCAUUGUGGAAAUAACAAUGAAACACUAUGACGUUAAUUGUGCAACCGGCGGCCUAAUGGCUUUCGUUGAUGGUUGGGAGUUGAAUGGUGAAUAUUUUCCGGGCAUCAAGGACCAUCAUCGCGAGUUGGAGGAGCGUGUUGUCGAGUUUUGCAACAACUAUAAACAAUGGCCACGCGUAGCCAAUAAGAAAUUUUUCCGUUCAAGCCAAAAUGCAGCGCUGCUGCAAUAUCGCAUACCCUUCCGUGGCUCAUUCAUCGCCCACGUACGCUUCCAUAAGAUAACACAACCUUGUAACGUGCUGGUGCAGGACACGGCCGCUGUUUUCAACAUGGCCAAUUUCGGCAAUCAACGCAAUUGCACACUUACAGCUCUCUUUCCAGCCGCAGUGGCUGUGACCAGUCUGAAAAUCGGCGGCAAGAACGUGCGUGGCGACAAAGUCAAUUAUGAUUGUGGCACAUUUGAGGAUCGCUUAGAGAUCGGUGGCUCUUCUGGAUUGGAUUCGCACGCAAUGGAGAAGGCAUCAGAUGUCUGCGGAAUUUCCGAGCAGCAGGGACCCGAACAGGCAAUCUUUUGCGGCGUUACUACGGCACGCUUGAUUUCCACUGGCAGGUAUCAAAAUCAUGCUGCCAUCAUGUUAAGAAAAGCCGAUGAAAAUGAUCUGGACAUAGCAACACUUGUGUGUGCGCUAUAAGUGUAAUAAAUAUACUUAUACACUGGCAUAUGUAUGUACGUAAUGAAAACAAACGUUGAAAAAAAUAACGACCAAAUUCCUUGAGAAAUAGACAUGACGACUUUCAAUUAUAUAAAUAAGUGUACCAUAAAGAAUAAAGCAUAGAAAUUGAUUUAGAACUAGUAACACGGUUAUUUCUGAAAGUAUGAACUUAGUACUCCUUAGUUCGUAAAGCAUGCAUUGUAUAUAUAUAUACAUACAUACCGAUUACGACAAUCCCCAACAUUAUUCUUAUUUUGCGAAUCCAGGAGCUGAGAUGUAUGUACACGUAGUAAUGUGUCCCCAACAAUAAUACAAAAUGUUAAUAUUUGUCAUAUGGACCUGUAUAUUAAUUAUGUAUGUAUGUAUUG